AUAAUUAACGGCUAUAUUGAUUGCCCCUGCUUCCUGUUAAAAUUUGAAAAUUUUAUCACCCACCCUUUUCAUUUUCAUAUUAUUAAUUGAGUGGUUUUCUUGAAUACUGUGUAUCCCUCUUUUUGCCUUUUUGCCCCUUUUAAAUCUUCUGCACAUAGUUGCUUCUUUUUUUGUUUGAAUUUUCCUUCACUGGCCUUCUCUCAUUAUCAUCUGUUUAGUCUGCCUAUUUUUGUUUUUUUCCUUAAGCUGCAAUUUGAGUGGGAAAGAAGAGGAAAAAUGGGGAGCUGUUUGAGCAAGAAAAGUGCUCGUUGUUCUUCGCCACUGCCUUCUUCUCAAGUCACACUGCAAAAACCUCCAGAAAACCUCCAAAAAUGGGAGCCCCCUUUGGAGAAAAAGAAGACGGAAGACGAAAAUGUGGUUAAAAAAGAGAUCUUUAUCAUCAGACACCGCAAAAGCCACGAGAUCGAGCGGCAGAGGCCGCCGGCAGACGAGGAGAACGGCGAAAACGCGAAGUCCGAUGUCGAUAAGGGCACUAAUUUGGUGGCGGGGAACGUGAACGCCGUUGUUGGGGCCGCUCCCGUGAGGACGUCGAGCUGCACCAAGGAGGAGGUAGACGCCAUCCUCAUACAGUGCGGCCGCCUCAGCCGGAGCUCCUCCUCCAGUAAGCCCGCCGCCGCUCCUCCGUCGGAGGGCGGCGGGGGUAGAAGGUACUCGGGCUCGAAGAGGAGCUUCGAUUUCGACGCCGAGGGCGCUGGCGGUGGGGAAUCGGCGGCCAGGGAGAGGGAAGACCGUCAGGGGGAGCGGCGCCGCCAGUCCCAUGGGCGGCGGAGGACUCCGAGCAGAGAGAGGGAGAACCAGCAGCAGCGCUCCGGCAGCAGGGAAAGGGGCGGAAGUCGGCGGGUGAGCAGAUCUCCGGGAAGGAGAUCCGAAUCCCCGAUCUCAUCUGCUGCAAAUUCCAAUUCGAAUCUGAAUUCAUCUGCCGCCGGCGCCAGUUCUGGUUGUUCGAGGCCAGGGAAGAUGGUCUCGGUACCCGCCACAGUGUCCUCUAUGGCUAUGGACAAAAGCCAGGAUGCUGCCGGAGUCGAGUCCGGGUCUGUUAGAAGGAUCCAAGUGAAGAGGAAUGUGUCCCCACGCACCAGAUCUCCGGCGAGGACGAGGGGUCUGAACGAGGGUCAGAAUGGUAAUAUUGUCCCCAACCAGCAGCAGAUAAUGUCACUUAGCCGGAGCAAUUCGAGGAAGGAGCAUUCACCGUACAGGAGAAACCCACUUGCUGAGAUUGACACCAACAUUGUCCCACAGGCUCCAAUCCAGAAGCCGUAUGCCGACAGCAAAACAACCCAAGCAGCCGAGACCAAAAAUAACAAGAACUUGGAGCCAACUGCACAAGAAACACCCGAAAACCCAAAACCCCAACCCUUAAUCCGUUCUCGAUCCUCCCGACUGUCCCGUGACUUAGACACCAUCAACCCCACAAACCCGAACAACUACACAGCCCUCCUUCUAGAAGACAUCCAAAACUUCCACCAAAAGAACAACAACAACAAUAAUCAACCUGCCUUCUCUCUCCCGCCUUGCGUGACAAAGGCCUGCUCGAUUCUCGAGGCUGUUGCUGACCUCAACUCCAGCACAGGCUCCAACCUCUCGAGCAAUUUCAAGAAAACGAUGCCUGGAGAGGCUAAGGACCCGAUUUUGGAAUCGGAGAUUGUGGCUAAAGACGAUUUAAUGGAGCCGAGCUUUCAUAAGUAUGUUACGGUGAGGAGGGGCUCAUUGGAAGAGGAUGGUGAUGCUGCAGCAGGUGAGGAAGAAUCUUCCGGAAGUAAUAGCUUCGCUGCUGUCAGCGGGAGCCAGUGGCUGAUGUCAUCAACUUCUGGUUGGGAGCCGAAUUCGGCUGAGUCGACCGACAGGUGGACUUCCUCUUCUUCGUGUUCGAGGUCAGUAGUGAGGCUUGCAGGGUCAGUUGAUGAGAGUGGGAAGAAAGUGGCGAGUGGCGGUGGUAAGAAGAGGGAUUUGAAGAAUGGGAUUGAGCGAGGUCGAGUCACACGUGACGGACAAUAAUGCUGCUGCUUAAAAUCUCUAUAUGUGUUGU